UAUGAAGAAUUUUAUGUAAGUAAAAAGGUUCUACAACAUUUGUUGCCAUCACUAAGAUGUUUACGGGUGCUAUUAUUGUCACGUUAUCAAAAUGUCACUGAGUUACCUGAUUCUAUUGGAAACCUCAUUCACUUGCGCUACUUGGAUAUUUCCCAUACUGCAAUUGAAAGGUUACCUGGGGUACUUUGCAAUCUCUACAACUUGCAGACGUUACUGUUGUCAAAUUGUUCCUCUCUCCUUGAAUUGCCUGCAGACAUCAGAAAAUUGAUUAAUUUACAAAAAUUAACGUUGGCAAGUUGUAGCUCUCUUACUAAAUUGCCUGCAGGAAUGGAGGAGUUGAUUAAUUUGCAUCAUCUUGAUGUCAGUGGAACUAAAAUUGAAGAGAUGCCGGUGCAAAUGGGAAGGCUGAAAAGUUUGAGACAAUUGUCUGCUUUUGUUGUGGGCAGAUCUGCUGGGUCAAGCAUAGGAGAGCUGAGGGAGUUCCCGCAGCUUCAACGUUUGAUUCUCUGGAAUUGUCCAACGCUGUCUUCGUUCCCUAAAGAUGGGUUACCCACUACGUUGACAACACUUUAUAUAGGGAACUGUAAGAGAUUAGAAUUCCUACCUGACGAGAUGUUGGCCAAAUUAACAUCGCUCGAAUCUUUGUGGAUAGAGAACAGCUGUGAUUCACUGAGGAACUUCCCGGUGAGCAUUUUUCCUAAAUUGAAGAAGCUUGACAUUAGGGGUUGUGAGAAUUUGGAAUCCCUUUCCUUCAUUGAAGGAGGAGUUAAUGAGAAUCUCAGUCAUCUCAGAGAAUUGUUUAUCUCUGAUUGUCCAAAUUUGAUGUGUUUUCAAUGUCAGGGACGAUGGCCCACUCCCAACUUGAAUGAUUUUACAGUUGGUAAAUGCAAGAAUUUCAAGUCAUUACCCGAAGGCAUUCACACCCUCACAGCCCUUCGACUGUUGCAGGUGGAUGAUCUUCCGAAUCUGGAGUCAUUUGCAGAAGGAGGUUUGCCUCCCAACAUCCGACAUUUGUGCACUCGUAGUUGUGAGAGGCUGAGGGCUCCAGUGGUAAAGUACUGGGGAUUGGAAGGACUUGUCUCCCUUGAAUAUUUUAUAAUUGGUGGCAGUAUCUUGGAGACGUUGCUCAAGGAACACCUGCUCCCUACCGCUCUUCGCAUUCUAGUUAUUAGUGGGUGUGACAGUAUCCUAGUCCUGCCAGGAGAAGGAGAGGGACUUCGACACCUCACUUCUCUCCAAGUGCUACGAAUUGACGCCUGUGAAAACCUCCAAUUCCUGCCAGGAGAGGGACUUCAACAUCUCACUUCUCUUCAAGAGCUACAUAUUACUUCGUGUCACAGUAUCCAAUUCCUGCCAGAGGAGGGUUUGCCGCUAUCUCUUUCUUUACUUUCCAUCCGCAAUUGUUCUACUCUGGAGAAAAGGUAUCAGAAUAUGACGGGAAAAGAUUGGACCAAGAUAUCUCACAUUCCUUGCAUCAGGGUAAAUGGUCAAGUCAUCAUCAUAUGAUAUGAUACGAGCAAACUCAGAUAACACUCAGGACAGCAUAUCUUCUCUUGGAGAGUUUUUCAUAUGUAAGGUUUCUUUACGUGUCAUUUCCGGAGGAGAAUUUAACAUUGUAUAUAGCUCUUUGUUUUUCUACAAAACAAUUGUCACAAUGCGGAGAAACGGAAAGGUUUACCUGGAAUAUCUCAAGCGACACAUUCCUACAUGCAGGCAUCGAAUGCACAACAUUUUUAGGUGGCAUGGCACAAACUCACAUCCGUACUUCCUUCCCCAUCAGUUAUUCUGUUACCAGCUUGAAGCUUGUGUAGAUACGUUAGGCUCUUGUAAUUCUGAUCACAAAGAUCAAUUUCUUCUUCAACAACGGAUGAAUUUAUACUAAUCACAUGGUUCAAAGGAGGCGACUUUCCUUUACCCUAUCUCUCUGGUCCAUCUGCUGCUUGGCCUAGUAGCUUUAACUGUAUGUUUGCGGCCAGUUAAGGAGACUUGAGAAAAAAUUUCCCAUGCAUGAUUUCAAAGUCGAAGCUCAUGGUUCAAUCAUAGAUGUCAGCUUAGCUGCUUACUUCACUGUAAAUGCCUUUCACUGUUUGUUUAUUUUUUCUGAAAAUGCCUGCAAGUGAGAUGGAUGGUGAAGGAAUCAGAGCUGAUCUUGAGGUCUCUGAUGCCACUGUUGUUGCAACAUAUGUUUGGUUAUCGCAAUUCAAUCCCUGAUGAGCUUCGGAAAUUGGUCGAGGUCGAGGUCGAGACAGGGAUGAUUGAUGGUGAAAUAGAUGCCAUUUCUUCUUGCAGCCUGUUCUCAAAGUUCUUGUUUGCAAAUGCUAGAUAUGAAGUAUUUUGAUUGACAGGAGAUAAUGACAUUUCUUGACAAUCCUAGAACA